GCAGCGGACCAGUUUCGCCCCUGCUCGCCUGUGCGGUGUCAGCUGGUCGGCGCGGUGAUGGAUUAUUCCCGAGACCCCGACGGGCCACUCGUCGACUGGGCUGCGGGAGGGGGCGCUCAUGGGGAUAAGGCGUCCAAUCCUGCAAGGCGGACAUUUCCCGAUGGCCGAGGUUCCAGCGUCGUGGUCCUCCUGGACGUGCUCGCGAGCAUCUGCAGUGGCAACCGUGGGUCGCCCCCAGCGCUGCAGUUGGUCUGGGAAUUCCUCGGCGCGGGGUUUGGCGCGCGCUGCGCUUGCAAAACCUCGGCCGAUCAGGACCUGGCGUCGUUCCUCGGCGCGCCCCGCGGCGGCGCGAAGGGCGAGCCGUUGGCAGUGCGCAUUUUGGAUUUCGUGGACACUCUUAUGACCGUUCCCUUGUGCGCGGACGGGCAGCCGUUCAGCGCGGCGGAGAUUCCGGAUCUGGGCAGCCCAGGCAACGUCGCGUACGUGGUACGGAACGUCUUCGGUUUCGGUGGCCGGGCAAAUCCCUUGGUCCACAGCCGUUUCGGGAGUUUCGCAGCGCGGUCCGCGCGGGCGAUCUGGGCCGCCGUCGGGGUCAAUCUUCGCGCGUGCACGGGCGGGCCGUCAGUCGUGGCUCGAGGUUCGACCGCGGAGUGCGCCGUCACGUUAGACGUGAUCUUGACAUGGUGGCUCGUUCCAGGGAUCCCGUUUUCUAGGUCGGAGGGCGAGUGCGCGUGCGCGCCGCUGCCAGCUUCCUCGCGCGAGGUCAGCCUGCGGCAUGCCUGGGUCGGCAUAUCCUGCGCCGUGGGCACGAAGUGCAUUAUGAUGGGUCUGCCCCCGGAGUUCGUCGACGUCUCUGUGGAGAUGCUCGGCCCUUUGCGGAAUGCGGGCAGGAUGGCGCAGGUGGUACCUGCGGCCGCGCUCUUCGUCUCCUCCCUUUCGUCGGCCUACCCGGGGUCGCAGCGGGCCCAGGAGCGCGAGGCCGCCGCGUCGCCGCCGGGCACG